UUUCUAACCGUCCGUGGAGAUCUUCGUGUCCUCAACGGGGCGGGUUAGUGCGGUGCUGGCAGUGAAGCCUUUCUUGCUGGUCGGAUCCGAACGUUUCCCCUACGGCUUCUCCCUACCUACAUUUAGAAAAACCCCACACUUGGAAAAUUAUUGUCUUCUUACCCGGACGUCACUCCCACUCGACCGUUUAGUAAAUCAAUAGUCGCUGGGUUGUACUUGGAUACCUACACCGUCAUGGCUGCUUUGUCCAAUUACGCACUGCGGAUGGCUAGACUGAGCUCCCGAAUCUUUGGGGAAGUUGCCCACCCCACAGACUCCAGGUCGCUGAAGGUGGUCCAGAUGUUCCAGGAGCCUCCAUUGGCUAAGAGGAAGGAAGUAUACGACUGGUAUCCACAGCACAAGAUCUACUACGCCAUGACGCAGAAGCUCCGCUACAUGGGCCUGUUUAGAGACGAGCACGAAGACUUCAAGGAGGAGAUGCGGCGCCUGAGGAAGCUGAGAGGGAAGGGGACGCCCAAAAAGGGGGAGGGAAAGCGUGCGGCCAAGAAGAAAUGACCUGCUGCUCCGCCACCGUGAACAAGGACUUUCCUCUGUGGAGCAAUGGGGGCGGGGCCUAUGCUGGCUCCACAGGAGGAUUAAUAAGAACUUUAUUUUCUGUUUUUGUUCAGUGAGUUAAAAUAAAAAUCACUUUUCCACAGACAA